AAUUGUGGAUUCUGAACUUUACGGCCCCGCAGCACAAGCCAAAUCUCAGCAUCUCAAGGAAAUCAACUGGUUCCAGGUCAAAAACCACCUUGUCCCAGUGGGCACGUGGGGCUUUAUCGGGUCAUCUCUGGCUGCACCAGUGGGUGUGGGUCCCACAGCGCACGGACAUCUGUAACCAGGAUGAUCCGGUACCUUCUCCAUCUCGACUUCAAAAACGUCUCACUCCGGCCAGUUGCCUAACAAGCAGCAGCCAAGGUAGCGGCCCUGAGAACACGGGGUUUGUGAGGGGGUCUGUAGAGCCCGUGGGGACCGGGCGGUGCGCUAGUCACCCGUUAGGGCCGAUUCGCGUCGCCGCCGUGACCCGUGCGAGUCUCCGUAGGUCCCCCGUGCGGGCCGCCGUAGCAGCGCGCUCCCAAGAUGGCCUCCUGGUUCCGCUCACUGUGGCGCCCUCUCUGAGGCCCCGCAGCCGCCGGGUGUACUCUUGCGUUCCCGUGAUAGUUCGGCCUCGAGGCCGGGAGCUGAGGGCCGACUACCCUGCGCGCGUCCGGCUCCGAGGCGGGGCGUUCCGCCGUUUCCGGGGAUGGGCCCCGCGCCACCCAGCUCCGCCCCCCUCGGGCGGGUGCUCCCCCGCGUCCCCGCCUGCCAGUCCGCCCGGCUGGGCUGGCCGCAGAGCCGGCCUGGGCAGCCGCCCCGGGAGCUCUGAACCCGGAGGCGUCCAGAGGCAUUGGCCCGCGACAGGGCCGGGGCGCAGUGGCGGUACCAUCAUGUUCUCCCUGAAGCCGCCCAGACCCACCUUCAAGUCCUAUCUCCUGCCGCCGCCCCAGACUGACGAUAAGAUCAAUUCGGAACCGAAGAUUAAAAAACUGGAGCCAGUCCUUCUGCCAGGAGAAAUUGUUGUAAAUGAAGUAAAUUUUGUGAGAAAAUGCAUUGCAACAGACACGAGCCAGUACGAUUUGUGGGGAAAGCUGAUAUGCAGUAACUUCAGAAUCUCCUUUAUUACAGAUGAUCCAAUGCCAUUGCAGAAAUUCCAUUACAGAAACCUUCUUCUUGGAGAACAUGAUGUCCCUUUAACGUGUAUUGAGCAAAUUGUCACAGUAAAUGACCACAAGAGGAAGCAGAAAGUUCUAGGCCCCAACCAGAAGCUGAAAUUUAAUCCAACAGAACUAAUUAUUUAUUGUAAAGAUUUCAGAACUGUCAGAUUUCACUUUGAUGAAUCAGGUCCUGAAAGUGCCAAAAAGGUAUGCCUUGCAAUAGCUCAUUAUUCCCAGCCAACAGACCUCCAGCUACUCUUUGCAUUUGAAUAUGUUGGGAAAAAAUACCACAAUCCAGCCAACAAAAUUAAUGGAAUGCCUUCAGGAGGUGGAGGAGGAGGCAGGAGUGGAGCUGGUAGUGGCAACAGCCAGAGGACUCCACUGUUCGAAACUUACUCAGAUUGGGACAGAGAGAUCAAGAGGACAGGAGCUUCUGGGUGGAGAGUUUGUUCUAUCAACGAGGGCUACAUGAUAUCUACUUGCCUUCCAGAAUACUUUGUAGUGCCAAGUUCUUUAGCAGAUCAAGACCUGAAGAUCUUUUCCCAUUCUUUUGUUGGAAGAAGGAUGCCACUAUGGUGCUGGAGCCACUUGAAUGGCAGUGCUCUCGUACGAAUGGCCCUCAUCAAAGAUGUGCUGCAGCAGAGGAAAAUCGACCAGAGGAUUUGUAAUGCAAUAACUAAAAGUCACCCACAGAGGAAUGAUGUUUACAAAUCAGAUUUGGAUAAGACCUUGCCCAAUAUUCAAGAAAUACAGGCAGCAUUUGUAAAACUUAAGCAACUCUGUGUAAACGAGCCUUUUGAAGAAACUGAAGAGAAAUGGUUAUCUUCACUGGAGAGUACUCGGUGGCUGGAAUAUGUCAGGGCUUUCCUCAAACAUUCAGCAGAACUUGUAUACAUGCUAGAAAGCAAACAUCUCUCUGUAGUCCUGCAAGAGGAGGAGGGAAGAGACUUGAGUUGUCUGGUGGCUUCUCUUAUUCAAGUGAUGAUGGAUCCAUAUUUCAGGACAAUUACUGGAUUUCAGAGUCUGGUACAGAAGGAGUGGGUCAUGGCAGGAUAUCAGUUCCUAGACAGAUGCAACCACUUGAAGAGAUCAGAGAAAGAGUCUCCUUUAUUCUUGCUAUUCUUGGAUACCACGUGGCAGCUGUUAGAGCAAUAUCCAGCUGCCUUUGAAUUCUCAGAGACCUACUUAGCAGUGCUAUGCGACAGUACCCGGAUCUCACUGUUCGGUACCUUUCUGUUCAACUCACCUCAUCAGCGGGUAAAGCAAAGCACGGAGUUCGCUAUAAGCAAAAAUAUUCAGUUGGGUGAUGAAAAGGGCUUGAAAUUCCCCUCGGUUUGGGACUGGUCUCUUCAGUUCACAGCGAAGGAUCGCACCCUCUUCCACAACCCCUUCUACAUUGGAAAGAGCACGCCUUGUGUACAGAAUGGCUCCAGGAAGUCUUUGAAGCGCACAAAGAAAAGCUACAGUUCCACACUGAGAGGAAUGCCAUCAUCGGUGAAGAAUGGAAUCAUCGGUGACCAAGAAUUGUUCCCUCGCAGAAACUCAUUGAUACUGAAACUAAAGUCAGACCCACUUCAGCAUACUGACAGCCAGAACAGUGAUGUGGAGCAAUAUUUUAGAGAGUGGUUUUCCAAAUCACCCAACCUACAUGGUGUUAUCCUGCCACGUCUCUCUGGAACUCACAUAAAACUGUGGAAAUUGUGCUACUUCCGCUGGGUCCCUGAAGCACAGAUCAACCUUGGGGGCUCCAUCAUGGCUUUCCACAAGCUCUCCAUCCUGGCUGAUGAGGUGGACAUGUUGGGCAGGAUGCUGCGGCAGCAGCGAAGUGGUCCCUUGGAAGCUUGCUAUGCAGAGCUGGACCAGAGCAGGAUGUACUUCAGAGCCAGUGGCCCUCAUGACACCCUGGGGACACCAGAGUUUCUCUCCUCAUCAUUUCCGUUUUCUCCUGUAGGAAAUCUAUGCAGACGAAGCAUUUUAGGAACGCCAUUAAGCAAAUUUUUAAGUGGGGCCAAAAUAUGGUUAUCUACUGAGACACUAGCAAAUGAAGACUAAACUAAGGUAUUUUCUGAACAUGUAGAGAAAAGCUGUAAAUUUUCCCCUCGGAAUUGAAAUUGUUCACCUAUGCAUUUAAAACUGAUAAUUUUUAUAUGUAAGAAAUUUGCACUAAUAUUUAAAACAUGUUGAAUCAUGUGCCCUUCAGUUAUUCUCAGACCAAUGUAAUUUUUGGUUUUCAGGUCUGGCUCAUUUUGGGUCAUUUGCAGCACACAUUCCCCCAUUGUUAGAACUGUGAUCACACUAGUCAGGUUUCUCUGCUGUCUUAAUUUUGCCCAUAUCCAUUUUUUCCUACUACCUACUAAAGAUUAUCUGAUACUCAGAUUACAACCCAAAGAAGGUGAAUAGGAAAGCUAAUAAUUACUAUUUAAUACAUUUUCAGGAACAUCUGACGAAACUGCCAGCAAGCUUCAGUGGUGUUCUUAUAUUCUUUAUCCCUUUCCGUCAUCUCUAGUUGAACUUAGCUGAUGAGGGUUCAUGUUCCAAGGCUACAAUGUAUUUUAGUUCAACUUGUUUAGGACUUUAGAUCACUGUGUUUCAAAAUCAUGAGUUUGCUUUGAAUAUCAUAGAACUAACUUUAAAAUCAUAUGCACUGUAACUUUAAAGCAGUCACUGUAGCUAACUAAACCUAGAAGUGCCUUUGACAUUGAGAUAUGAAUAACAAAGAAGAUGGGAAUAACAGGAAAAUAUACUUUCACAUUUUAAAAUUAGGGCAUUAGAAUCCUACUGCAUAUUGGAAAUAUAUCCCCAUCCCCACCCCCUCCACCAAAGCUUCAUAUAAAUAGCCAGGAGUCUUACAGAGACAUUUUUGUGCCUCUCAGAGAGUCACCUAGUAGCCUGUGGAAUGUGAUCCUGAGAGGCUCUUAGGCCACCCGGGCAUCAGAUACACAGCCCCAGCUUUGGCCAAGGGUGCUAGGGCUAUGGACAGGAGCAUGCCACACUGACAACAGGCUGUUGGGACUCUCUAGCCUCCCCACCAGCAUUCCAGCUGGGAUGCUGAUGUUGCCGACACUUAGAAAUAACUGGUCGGGGGCUCACAAGAUGGGCACUUGCACAGAAUAGAGAGCAAGAAAAAGAGGACUUCUCAAAAUACUGCCGUUUUAACAGAGAAGUUCCCCUCUUGACUGGCAGCAACACUAAGAGGAGUCUGGGAAGCUUUCAGGGGCAUGUUCAUCGGAAGCCCUCUCCAAUCCGGGUAAGAACCUGGCUGGCUUUGCAA